GUUGAAAACACAUACAACCUUUGACACAAACGUCUGCGGCGUCUCUGUAAACAACACUCCAAUCACAUGAAUGACUCCACUAGUCUACUAUGAGUUGUAAAGUGUACACCUGAACGUUCACAAGGCGAUCCUGAAGGUCAAAUGUCACACGUAAUUUGCAUAUCAUCGAGGCCAUUACUGGGGUUACGUGGUGACGUCUGCACGAAACUUGUACGGUCCAGAUUUUGCCAAAUUCGACGUAUUUUCGUUGCCACUAUGUCUGGGGAAAAGAAAUACUGCAUUAGCUACGAAGAUGUGCAAAAAGCUGUCGAACGAAUAAAGCCGGCGGCUCAUGUAACGCCGGUAAUGACGAGCCAAACCAUGGAUAGGUUUUCCGGGGGACGACAUCUUUACUUCAAAUGUGAGCUGUUCCAAAAGAUUGGGGCAUUCAAGUUCCGUGGUGCUUACAAUGCCAUAAGCCACCUUAUUGAUGACUGUCCUGAUAAGUCAAAAGUUAAAGUGGUGACACACAGCAGUGGUAAUCAUGGACAGGCAUUGGCACUUGCUGCUAAAAUGGCUGGUGUACAAGCCUAUAUUGUGAUGCAGAAUAUCUCUCCAGCUAUUAAAGUCCGUGCAGUUAAAGAGUAUGGUGCCACAGUUGUUGAAUGUGAACCUGGUGAAAAGGCAAGAGAAGAUGCAACAAAUAAAGUGAUGGCAGAAACUGGUGCUAUAUUCAUUUCAUCAUCUCAACAUCCAGAUGUAAUUGCUGGUCAAGGAACAAUGGCAGUAGAGUUGUUGAAUGAGGUACCUAAUCUUGAUGCUAUUGUAGCCCCUGUAUCCGGUGGUGGUAUGGUUGCUGGUAUCUGCAUUGCUGCCAAGCACAUCAAACCAGAUAUUAAAAUCUAUGCAGCUGAACCCAUCAAUGCUGAUGACUGUGCCAAAUCGUUUGCUGCAGGUCACCGAAUUCCGUUACCGGGACCACCGGACACAAUUGCUGAUGGAUUGAAAACAUCAGUAGGAGUUAAUUCUUUUCCUAUCAUCAAAGAUAAUAUUGAGGAUGUAAUCACUGUUACUGAAGAAGAAAUCAAGAUUGCUACAAAGUUAAUGUGGGAGAGAACCAAGCUAUGCAUAGAGCCGUCAUCUGGUACAGCUGUGGCUGCUGUACUCUCAGAUAAAUUCAAAGCACUUCCAGCAAGCAUCAAGAAUGUUGGUGUAAUUCUAUCUGGUGGAAAUCUGGAUCUCUCCAAAUUGUCUGAUUGGUUUUAACUGUAGAGUGCGGAUAUUCACCAAAAAUGUCAAAUUUUCUAUUGGAAUGUUUUGAUGUAAAGUAAAGUAGUUACACUAAUGUGUAUACAAAUAUUGUGUGUGUAAAAAAUGCCAAUGAAUGUAGUGCUCUUUGAUGCUUUGACUAGAGAAUACACCAUUCAAUAAAUUGAUUAACACCACCCAGGGCCCAAGGUGAAUGUGUUCUGGCAAUGUGAAAAUAAUUAAUUGAAAUUAUGCACGGGACCAUAGUGUGGUAUUGUUUUUAUUUGCACUUUCAGAAACAUCAUGCCAACAUGGCUAUCAUUUCAACAAACAACAGUAGAUGCAUUGUAGGCAACUGUUAAUACUUGACUAACCCAUACAAGUGGAGGGAAAUAGUCUUUUAAUUUAACUCAGGAACUUGAGGAAUUUUUUUUUUUUUAUGUACCUGUCACAAUCCAGUCUUGCAAACAAUGUAUACAUGUAUUACUUGUUUUAAAGAAACUCUUAAUUUAACAACGUCAAUGUAAAAGUAAAACUUGUAAUAUAAUUUUUUAAACAAAUUUAUAGCCCUGUUAAAAAUGUAAAGCAUGACCUAUAGGCCAAACUGUUAAUCCACUGCAAGAUGCAUCGUUGAAACUGUGAUAGGAUAAUUACAGGCUGUGAGGGGAUUUCCCGUCAUAUAAAGUCCAACCCAAAUCUUUAAUUAAUUUUUUUGGGGUGUAGGGUGGCUUGCACAAAAGCCUUUUCAAGAUCCUGCAGUGAAUAGGGAAAAACACCUAUUCCCUCAAAUGCUUUUAGUGAGACCUGCUAAUACAGUUACACUUGCAAUUUUUAUCUAUUUUACCCAUUUUCAGAUGGAUUAUAGUUGUAGAACUUUCGAUACAUUGUAUACUAUUCAUAGAUGCAGUCAAAGUUCAACACUUUUGUUCCCAUAGCAUGAAAAAACAAGUUUACUCUGAAAUAGGACACAAGUAACACUGAAAUAAGCCAUUCUGAUUGACAAAAAGCAAGUAGAUUUUAACAGCAUGGUCACCUGACUGUGCUAGUAAUCUCUGUAAAUAAGAGGAAUGUUUAUUGAAGCAGACAGAAAAUAAUGAAAAUAUUCUAUAGCAUUACAUUUUGUAAAUUGUAUGUCUACCAAUAAAAUGAAAUACGGUAUGAAGCUUG